AGCACAGUACAGUGGAGCACGUUUCUUCCCGACGUAAUUACAGUAAACCCCUGCUUCGUGUCCCCUCUAGCUCGCUUCCCUUAUAGACAUAUUUUUUUCUCCUGCUCUUUCUUUGUACCCAGCAUAAGUAGUGCAGUGGACUCAUACAGCAACUCUUUCUCAACCACGUGAUUUCCUGACCUGCCGAUCUGGUCUUACUCUACUACUAACUCCGGCGCACGUAGACGCUCCAUUGUACUUUUCACAGUCAUAUCGGGUGCUAUAUUGAUUGUAGUAGUUUUGUCGCCAUCAAAAAAUGACGCAGCUCCUUUCGAACGCCAGGGAGGAGGACCGGGAGACCUGUGAAGCCUACGCCAGGGACUGCAACGACAAAAUUGUCGCCAUCUGGCGCGUUUCGGACGAAAACAAUAUCCUGUGCAAAAGUAUCGUACUCGUAUAAAUGCAAGUCUUGCAUUACAAAUUUUUUUCCCCCCGGGGGCGAAGCCGGGUAACCAAGGUCCUGAUCUCUCUCCCCUUAUCGUCGGGGGCUUGCCCGAGAGAUUGAAAGAGAGUAUGCAGUGGUUGGCAUCGUGCGUGGUAUGUGUCUCUCUGGAAUCUUACCGCCCUAGAGGUUUGGUUCCGACUCCCCUCAUGGAGUCUUUUUGUAUAUUUGCAUUAGGAUCUCCUCCCAGUACUUUUUGGUCAUGACUUCUGUGUCCUUUUAAACACAGGACUGGUUGGAAUCCUCUUAGACGACUGCAUACGGAUCCCGCCCACCCUUGUGUCCUCUCCCCCAUGAGGUUGGUGCGUCUUCGUUGUUGUUGGCACGAGCCCAAAUAAGCAGCAUUCCAAGCGAAACACCUACCAUUUUUUCACCUGGAACAAGUGCAACGACUUGGAUUCCCAUCGUGAUCUGGUUAGUAAGUGGAUCCCUUCGGAACACAGAAAAUAGAAGAAAGGGAUAGCAUGAGAGGCGUCUUGGGUGUGUGUGUGUGUGUUGUGUAAAGUGUGGAGGAAGUUGGCUUCCUUGCUUGAAUUGCGAAACGCGAAAAGCGAAAAAAAUACAAAGCCGACCCAUAACAGAACUCAUAUAGUAAGCAAAGAGAAGGGGGAGGCGGCUGCCGAAAUGCGAAACACGGAAAACAAAAAGAGCCCCAAGACAAUGAAUAUAGUAAGCAGAGAAAAAGCGGAAGCGACCCACGAAAAGCGAAGCGCGAAACGCGAAGAAAGCGACCGGGGAAAUAAUUAGCAGAAGAGAUAAAGAGAAGCGAAAGCCGCCCCCGAAAUGCGAAACGCGAAAAGCGAGCCCAGCCAUUUGGCUUUGUUCCGCCUUUUUUUCCAUCACAACGAACCCCCCUCCUUGCUUUUUGAAUGAAUGGCAUGCACGCAGCCCCUCCGGAAUGAAUGAAUGGCCACAACGAGCCCCCCUCCUGAAUGGUAUGCACACAGCCCCGCGCGGUUUUCUUCAAUAGCGUGCGACGCGACCGAUCUUGGCGAAGCUCCGCAUUGCAUACGUUGCGCAGCUAGUUUGCAAAGGAAAGCGAAAGGGGAGGCGUCCGGGUCGUGGAGGCCUGGGCCCCGAGGGCGUUUUUGCUUGCUCGGUCUCAAUAUUGUCGCGAGGGAUGUUGCCCGCCCGUGCGCCCGCAGCAGAUCGGCGCGGCCCCCGCCCGCGAGGGGCUGCGCCGUCAUCAGCAGAGCCAGUCUAGCAACAUAACGCAAGCUAACAACUAACAAGCGCCGGGCCGGCGCGAUCUUCGACAGGACAGGAUACACCGAAAGGGCGCGCGCACUACAAACAUGCCGCGCGCACUACAAACGCGCGCGCAUGCGGGGGGUCUGGGGCGUCCGGGGGCCGGUGUCGCGCCUUUCUCCAGGGUGGCGCCGCGCGCCCAUGUGGGAGGAGGGCCCCGCAUCCGGCCGGAGCAGAUCGGCGGCUGGAUGGCAGCAAGCCCCACUCGGCAAAUCCAGGCUGGCCAGUGCGGACCGCCGGCGCGACCGCGAGCGCUUUCAGGGGCCGCAUUUUGCUCCGCGGGCGGAUUCUCGCUGAGAGAAGGGCUAGGCCUGUUGCCAUGGGCAAGCACUUUGCAACGCCAUCGCUUUCGAGCACGAUGGCGCUCCGGGAUUUGCGUUGCAUGCUUCUACCGAUGAGAGGCCUGCGCUUUUUUCUUCGAACCACGAGAGGACUUUCUCGUCAGUAAUCCGCUUGCGCUUUUGGAUGGAUGGGCUUGCUGCGGUGAACAGGGUCGCCUCCUUCUCGUCAUUAAUUUUUUGCGCGCAAUGAAUCGCGUGGCUUUGUUUGCAUUUGCUUCCAUUGGUGAAGAAAAAUGCGCGCGCUUUCAUUCUCGAGCCACGACCGAGCUGCCAGCCUGAUUCACUUCGCCGGCGCUAUUAGGUGGAAUUUGUUGCGAUGGCCCUCGUCUUCUCGCGAAACCCUCGCAACUUUGUGCUGCCGCCCGCGCCUCGAACACGGUGGGAGGCUUGGCGCCGGCGGCCCUCAGGGGCGCCCAUCGCUGCGCUCUGCUACAUUGGUGCGCCCGCCGGGAAGUUUCUCGCGAUAUUCAUCUCGCCACGCACACACACAAACAGAAGCGCCCCCAGGCGAAUGCCCAGCGUUUUCGUUUCGGGCCUACGCAACAGGGUGCCAACCCCGCCGCAGGCUGCGGCUGGUGCGACCGACCAAGGGCCCGCCGCGCCAUUUGGCGCGGCAUGGGCCAAGCGCUGCGACGGACUGGGAUCCAUGCCUCCGCUUUCCGCGCGCCCCCCGCCGGCCCCGGCCUCUCGCCCGGCCAAAACAAAGACAGACGGGCGGGACGGUGGUCCGCGUCGAUCUGUUGCGCUUGGGCGCACGGGCGAGCCGCGUGCCUAGCGACAAUGCCAAGACCAAGAGCCAACCCGCCCCUCCGGGCCCCCGGCCUCCUAGAACUGGACGCGCCCCCAUGCGCAUACAAACUAUCACUAGCCCCGCAGGAUAUUCAGUGUGGGGGUCGCGGAUGUCGCUAGUGCGGAAGGGUAGGAGGGACAACGCCGGAGGCGGCGCCGAGCGUCGCCAAUGUCUCCACUUAGUAAGAGGCGAAGGGCCUGCCUUCUUUCCUCGCCGCUUUUCGCGUUUCGCAUUUCGGAGGCGCUGUCGCUUUCUCUCUUCCUACUCUACUCAUUAUCAGGGAGCCCACCCCGGUCGCUUUGUUGUUUUUCGUGCUUCGCAUUUCGGAGGCGCUUCCGCUGUCUCUCUUCCUACCCUACUGAGCAGCCACGGCCCCCCUUUGGCUUUUCGCGUUUCGCAUUUCGGAGCCGCUUCCGCUCUCUCUCUUCCUACUCUAUUAAUUGCCCACGGCCCCCCUUUGGUUUUUCGCGUUUCGCAUUUCGGAGGCGCUUCCGCUGUCUCUCUCUUCUUACUCUCCUAGUUCUCUAUUGCCCUCCUUUGGUUUUUCGCUUUUCGCGUUUCGCAUUUCGGAAGCGCUUCCGUUUUCUCUAUAGUUAACUUGACAGAUCUGCAAUCUCUUUUAGGAAAUUAGGCGAAUCACAGCGGUGCUCUGCUUAUUUGGGCUCCUCCCUUGUUGUUGCACCCUGCGUGGUCCGUCUUGGUCGUCGCGUCGUGGUUGGCAGUUUUGGUGCCGGGCGUCCCACUAUCAUUAACGAGACCUUUAAGCUUACGCUCUCAGCUCUAUCCUCAUCUCCUUUACUUCCUUCCCCUCCUUUUGGAAUUUGGCAGCGCAUAGCUCAAUAUUUAUUCUGAUGGGUUUUACGACUAUCCUUCCUGUUCCUCUUCCCAAGUUUUUAACUGUGAUAAAAAAAAAUAGAAAUAUGGGGGCCCUAUGCCUGCCGGCUUUUACCCUAUGCCUGUGGCGUCAGGUCUUAGGCCUGCCGCCUUUUGCCUGCUGGCUGCCUUUUGCCUAAUGCCUCUGGCCUUUUGCCUACUGUUUUUGGCCUUAGGCCUAAUGUUUUUGGCUUUAUGCCUACCGUGUUUGGCCUUACGCCUUCCGACUUUGGCCUUAUGCCUGCCGCCCUGCCUGCUUUGGACUUCUGACGUCCUACGACCGCUGGCCCUAUGCGCUUUCCUUCAGCCUUUUGGCUUUUUUCCUGCUGUCCUUUGGCCUUUUGCCUACCGCUUUUAGCAGCCUUGGCCAUGCCUCAUGCCUCAGCUAUGCCUUAUGCCUUUGUUUUGCCUUAUGCCUUAGCUCUGCCUUAUGCCUUAGCUGUGCCUUAUGCCUUUUUAUUUAUGCCUUCUGCCUUCUGCCUUCUGCCUUCUGCCUUCUGCCUUCUGCCUUCUGCCUUCUGCCUUCUGCCUUCUGCCUUCUGCCUUCUGCCUUCUGCCUUCUGCCUUCUGCCUUCUGCCUUCUGCCUUCUGCCUUCUGCCUUCUGCCUUCUGCCUUCUGCCUUCUGCCUUAUGCCUUAUGCCUUAUUUAUGCCUUAUGCGUGCCUUAUGCCCUAUGCCUUAUUUAUGCCUUGUGCCUUAUUUAUGCCUUACGCCUUAUUUAUGCCUUAUGCCUUUUUUAUGCCUUAUGCCUUUUGUAUGCCUUAUGCCUUAUUUAUGCCUUAUGCCUUAUUGAUGCCUUACUUCUUGCGCCUUAUGCCUUUUGCCUUAUGCCUUUUGCCUUAUGCCCUUUGCCUUAUGCUUUUUGCCUUAUGCUUGUAGCCCUAUGCCUACCGCCUUUUGCCCAGUGCCUACCGUCGGCAGCCCUUUACCUGCUGCCUUAGCCCUAUGCCUACCGCCUGCGGCCUUGGGCCUUUUCCUGUAUGGAUAUUGCGGCCCCGGCACUUCGCCGGGGUUUGGUUAUGAUGGUAUGUUUUUGCUUCGCUACUAUUUCCGCCCUAUUUCCUUUGCCAGCUCUCUCCGCUUUAUUGCUUUAAAGGAACAAAGAAGCAAUCUCUUCGGUUCGGGUUUUACAUUUUCCUGCAUUACUGCCCCCCUCCCCUUCUUCUCUGUUGGCGGAUCCCCUGGAGGUUAUUGCCAGUUUGUUGGGUUCGGUUGCGUACUGUUGUUUCCCAGCGUAGGGGAGGCCUUAUAGCUAUAUUCCCGCCGACGUCUUUGUGUUGUUGGUGUCGCGUUGUUCAAACAUGUCGGUCGCAUGAUUUGGAUCAAAAUUUUUAGAUCACGUUGGCACUGCACUACGAUCAUCAUUCUCUAUUGACUGCCAUGGAUCUGGUUUUUUAUCUUUGUAAUUCGAUCAGGUUUUAUUUUUGCAUUGCUGGAAAAUAGUGAAUAGAUCAGAUUUCGUCUGCGAUAACUAGAUCAGAUUUCGGCCGUAGAUCAGUUGCGGGCAUUAGAUCAGACUUCGGUUGGUAUCGGUAAGGUUCUGCUUCUGUUGCUCGACCCCUUCGGUAUAUUUUCAGGUAGUUGGCACUACGCCGGACCUGGCUCCACCAUGAAGUCUCGGUUGUUUCGGUGUGCCCCCUUGAAGGAUGUGUAUGUAAAUCACUCCCCUUCAGGGUUCGGUCCCGCCUCGAUCCGGUUGCCUUAAGUGGUCUUCUGGUCCCAAGGGAACAAAGCUACCAUCCCCCGUGCGAGUCUUAAUAUUUGAGUUGUGUCACUGUGUCUCCCAGGUGCUGUUAUAGCGGGAGUGUACUAGUUGUGUGCGUCCUCGCCCACAUUCUCGCACAUGGGGCUCUGGUCUCCUCGAUCCUUUUUAUUUUCGGAUAGAAAGGGGGAAUAGCUUUACCACAACUCCUCAUGCCGAUAGUCACCCGACUGGAAGAGGUAGUUGUGAGGGUCCUCCCAUAGGAUCUUACUCAACAACAACAACAACAACAACAAAUUUUUUUCUUAAAGUAAAGCCGCAUGACAAAUUUUAUUUCUCAUGCUGAGGAAAUUUGUAAUGCAUUUAUACGAGUGCGAUACUUUUGCAGUUCAUAAACAAGGAGUCGGUGCGGAAGGGCCUGUGUUGCAGCCACGUCAUCUGUGUCGUGAUUGGUCUCAUCUCCAUAUCGGUUACCGUGUUUUUUGUCACAGGCUCAGGCGGCAAAGCCAGUGGGGAAGGUACAGAUUUCCUUCCAAAAAUUCUCCUUUCAAUUCUCCUUUCUCUCCUACCGAUGGUGUUGUGCAUCGGGUGCAUGUGUAUGUCGCAGAAGAGUGCCAAAGCGUCCAUGGAGGGCAAGGUGUGGGCGCUGGGGGAGAAGAAUUUCUACAAGAUGCAGACUGUGAACAUGGGGAGACUGUAUCAAUCCGGCAGCGACCGGGCCUACUGUGAGUUGUCGCAAAUCAACUCGAUCACCAUUGACCAGGCGGAGUCGGGGAUGUUUGUCUGCUCUGGCGGAACCACCGCUGUCAAACUACACGUCCAACUCGGCUGCGCGAUCGCCGACCCGCUGCAGGCAAAUAGCCGAGACAACCGCUCUAUCCUGUGCAAAAGUAUCGUACUCGUAGUAAUUGCAUUUAUUUUUACCGCUUCUCCGUCCCAAGGUACUAGAUCAGCAUGACAAAAUCCAUUUCUCAUGCUAAGCUAACUUGUAAUGCAUUUUAUGCUAGUGCGAUACCGUAUCGCACUAGUAUAAAAUGCAUAUCGUAUCGGAUACGAUGCUUUUGCAGGUCAUACGCUCAGCCCUGCUGAAUCCCUCCUGUCGGGUGUGGUGCUCCGACCCAAACGGCGCGGCAAAGAUGAUUCGCGAGGCCAAGGAAAAGUACGUCAAAAGCGGCGGUGGCGCGCCGAUGGUGGUGGUGCAAAUGCCGGGCGGUGCUGGUGGUUAUCCUAUGAUGGGACAGCAAAAUGAAAAUUAUGGCACCACGACAACUUCUAAUCCGGAGGAUGUGUCGCGAAAAAUCCUGGCGCUUAAGCAACUUCUGGAUGCGGAGGCCAUUACGCAAUUCGAGUACGACACAAAACGCGAAGACCUCAUGAGACAGUUUCAUUGA